AUGUCGGCCAAAAGCACAAUCGCGAUAGUUGGCAGUGGAUUCGGCGGGUUCACGCUCGCCCACGAGCUGUCUCUUGCCAAGUACGAUGUGGUCGUGAUCUCGCCCAUGAGGACGAUCCAGUAUACUCCACUGCUCGCAAGCGCCGCGGCGGGUAUGUUCAACUUCCGGCUCGCCGAGGACCCAGUCCGCCGGCGCAACCGCCUCCCCGGGCUGCAGUACUACAAGGCCUCCGUCUGCGACAUUGACUUCUCCGGCAAGACGCUCCGCUGCACUCCCGCGGUGCCGGACAUUGCCGACAACGAGCUGUCGGGCGACAAGCACGCCUUCACCGUGACGUACGACACCCUCGUGCUCGCCCCGGGAUGCACCGUGGAGACAUUUGGCACGCCCGGGGCCGACGAGCACGCCAUCUUCCUGCGCACGACCGACGAUGCGCGCAGGGUCCAGAAGCGGCUGCUCGAGAUGGUCGACGCGGCGUCGCUCCCCGGCCUGACGCCCGCGCAGCAGCGCGACAUGCUGCGCGUCAUCGUCGUCGGCGGAGGGGCCAUCGGCAUCGAGGCCACGGCCGAGCUGUACGACCUGUGGCACCACGACCUGCGGUUCCUGUACCCGCACCUCGACGUCGAGGGGGAGAACGGCCUGCUGGCCAUCGAGGUGCACGACGUGGCGCCGGGCAUCCUGGGCAACUUUGACAGCCGGCUCGCCGAGUACGCGCUGCAGAAGCUGCAGCGCCGCGGGGUGCGCGUCGAGACGGGCAGCCACAUCACCAGGCUCGAGGACGGGGCCAUGUACACCAAGGAGCGCGGCGGGGACAACAACCCGCUGCGCUACGGGAUGCUCAUCUGGGCGACGGGCAACGGGGUGAACCCGCUCGUGGGCAAGCUGGACGUCAAGAAGGCGGGCAGGAUGCAGCGCAUCGUCACCGACAGGAAGCUGCGGGUGCAGCAGAGCACACCGCCCCAAGGCGGUGGUGGUGAUGAUGCUGUCAUGCCCGACGUCUACGCGCUCGGGGACUGCGCAGACAUCGAAGGGUACUCGCUGCCCAUGCUCGCCGAGGUGGCGGUGCAACAGGCCAAGUACCUGGCCAAGCAGCUCAAUGCCCGUGGAGAGCGAGGCGAGCAGGCGGACGAGGGCUUUACGUAUCAGCAGCGGCCGAACCUGGCGUACCUGGGCGAGCACGACGGGGUAGCCGCGGGAGAUGAUGUCAGGAACGCGUAG